AUGGUGGAGGGCAGCGCCCCUCGGCGGGGCAGCCCCGAGCCCCCCGAGCCCCCCGAGCCCCCCGCGGCUCCCCGGGGCCGCCGGCCAGCCGCGAUGCGGGCGGCGGGGCGCGGGCAGCCCGCCUCCUGGCUCCUGGUGCUGGGCGCCGCCGCCCCCGCGCUCUGGCUGCGCUGCGUCCUGGCCGACUUCACGGUGGACAACGAGGUGCACUCCAGCUUCAUCCACCGCCGGCUGCGCGGCCCCGAGCGCCGCGAGAUGCAGCGGGAGAUCCUCUCCAUCCUCGGCCUGCCGCACCGCCCGCGGCCCCACCUCCACGGCAAGCACAACUCGGCCCCCAUGUUCAUGCUGGACCUCUACAAUGCCAUGGCCGGCGAGGAGGGGGCGGCGGGGGCCGGGGCCGAGGAGGGAGAGGGCUUCUCCUACCCCUACAAGCCCAUCUUCAGCACCCAGGGGCCGCCCCUGGCCAGCCUGCAGGACAGCAACUUCCUCACCGAGGCUGACAUGGUCAUGAGCUUCGUCAACUUGGUGGAGCAUGACAGAGAGUUUCACCAUCAGCGCUGCCACUACCGAGAGUUCAGGUUUGAUCUCUCCAGAAUCCCAGAGGGGGAAGCAGUGACAGCCGCCGAGUUCAGGAUAUAUAAGGAUUACAUCCGCGAACGCUUUGAUAAUGAAACGUUCCAGAUUAGUGUCUACCAGGUCCUCCAGGAGCAUCCGGGAAGGGACUCAGAUUUGUUCCUGCUCGACUCUCGAACAAUUUGGGCUGCAGAAGAAGGGUGGCUGGUGUUUGACAUUACUGCAACCAGUAAUCACUGGGUGGUGAAUCCACAGCACAAUCUUGGCCUGCAGCUAUCUGUGGAAAGCAUAGACGGGCAAAGCAUCAACCCCAAACUGGCAGGUCUAAUUGGGAGGCAUGGCCCACAGAACAAGCAGCCAUUCACAGUAGCCUUCUUCAAAGCCACUGAGGUUCAUCUCCGGAGCAUUCGCUCCACGGGAGGGAAGCAAAGGAGCCAGAAUCGAUCCAAAACGCCAAAGAACCAGGAAGCUUUCCGGGUGUCGAACAUUGCAGAAAACAGCAGCAGCGACCAGCGGCAGGCCUGCAAGAAGCACGAGCUCUACGUCAGCUUCAGGGACCUGGGGUGGCAGGACUGGAUCAUCGCUCCAGAGGGCUAUGCUGCGUACUACUGUGAAGGAGAAUGUGCUUUCCCCUUGAAUUCGUACAUGAAUGCUACAAAUCACGCCAUUGUGCAGACACUGGUUCACUUUAUAAACCCAGAGACUGUGCCGAAACCCUGCUGUGCUCCUACCCAACUCAAUGCCAUCUCAGUGCUCUACUUCGAUGACAGCUCCAACGUUAUCUUAAAAAAAUACAGGAACAUGGUGGUACGAGCAUGUGGCUGUCAUUAGAUUUGUAAAAGACAGAAAAAAAAAGAAAGAGAAAAGUGAUUUGUAAAGAGUGGGUUUCGUACGGAUCGCUGGGGGAGGGGAAAAGGUUAGCACUGCAGCAGCGGGCUUAAAAAAUCCCAAACAGUUUUUAGGACUGGGCUUCUGAAAGUUCAGACAAUGGAACAGUUUCUGCAUCUAAGUGGCAUUUGAACACAUUUUGUUUUAGUUUAUUACAGACAAUGAGCUUGUAAACUGAAACAAGUCAGACAAACCAUUUAAAACCAAAUCUGCCUACAAAAUUGGCUCCUACAAUACAUACUUCUGCAAACGAGUCUUUCAGAAGAUUGCAAACACACCAGUGUUGAUUAUGAAUUAAAAAUUAAUAAUCUAUCCAAGGUGAGAAUGUGCCGUGACUAUUAAACAUCUGUAGUUCCUGUAACACAUGGUUUGCAAUAAAAUAAGUGAGCAAAACAUACCUGGAUUGAACAGGUAUUUUGUUAGAGAAUUCUUACUUCUAUCCCUCUGCUUCAAUUUCAUAAGCAGAAGCAAAGAUUAAUUAGAAGCAAGUUCCAGUUUUAAACCGCAGUAGUAAAAGCUAUAUCUGGAUUGAUUCAAGUUCAAAGGCCAAAUCAAUCUAAGAGAAAAUAAAAAAUUUUCUAAUUGGCAAGCAAAAGAACUGAAGAAAAUAAUUCCCAAGAGCAAGACUUUGGGGAUAUACUUUUUUUUUUUUGUCAACACGGGAAAAUUUCCUCUAGCAACCAGAAAGAAUUUGAAUUUGCUAUGAACUUGAAACAGGAAAGCAGCAGAAUGUUAAUAAAUGUUUUGGUAUUAAACCUAGGGUUUAGCUGGGGUAUCCUAAGCAGUUACAGAGUUGUGAAAGACUGAUAAAGGUCCUGCUCCUGUUUGGAAAAUAUCCAUUGACUUCAAUGACAGAACAAGUUCCAACACUUUUACAAAAAUGCGGAGGCUGGCGUACAGAAGGUGCUGUAAGCUGGGAUGUACACCCAGCACCACGAAACCCGACAGGAAACCUUACUUCCCAAGGCCACUGAUUGUGAUACAAAGACACUGCUCUACUAUUGGUUUCACCUCUAACAAAAUAAAAAUAAAGAAUCACUUUCAGUAGCCACAUCUACAAGAUGAAACCAGGGGCAGGAAAACAUCCCCUCGAGGCUCUUCUUUUUCCUUCUUUUAAGUCACGGGUUACACAAACAUCACACCUACGUAAUUACAACUCGAUUAAAGUUGUUGCGAUAAGACCAGAGAGGAGCAGUAACCAGUUGCAAACUGAUCCAAAACUUUAUCAUACAUCGAGAUAACAAAAGCAGGACUGGCAUGAGCUUCACCAGGGAGAUAAAAAAAGAAAAUUCUGUCCUAUUAAAGGCCAGGUCCUCAACACAUUCAGCUCUAAACCCCAAACUUCAAAAAGCUGAACCUCUAACAGAUGGGUGCAGAACAUAAUAAAUGCCUGGACUUGGGUUUCUCUGCACACCGAGGGGAUGGGGUGAUGCAGCCUCAGUGGGAACUUGGCCCUGGAUCGCUCUGUAGAGCAAAAAGUUUAUUUGCUAUGAAAUAAAUUGGAAACUUGUUUCUGGUUGUUUAAUUCUAAUCUCAUUCAAGUCAAUUGGUGUUUGUCCAGCAGUUUUCCUGGCAGCAGGAUUAGGCUUAUGGGAACGUGGAAGUCUCUCCAUGGCACUGGUAGCUUUUGGACUGCCAGGUGUGCCCUGCUUCCAAACCAGGCAACUCAAACACCUGAAGGACCCGCAGCACACACACUGCAAGCUCAACUCCGGCAAGCUUCCUCCUACCUGGCGCGAGGUGAGACUUUGGCCAAUAGUUACAGCCAGUGCCAGGACAACAGCUGACGCCAAAAGAGCAUCUCUCCCAGCAGCCUGCAGACGAGACCUCUCCACCAAACUGCCAAGUCAAAACUGCCCCCAGGGCAUCUUUUAUUUAGAGUGAGGCAUUGAAAUCACACAGAUCAGAAGCGCCUUUUGCCAUUGUACACGCAUACACAGCAGUGCUUCUGUAAACCUCCUAAAGGAAGUUAAGGUGCUGCCUGCGAAGUGCAAAGCUAAUCAGGCCUCAACUUCCACUAUUUAGUAGACAAGGGUUAGUUUUUCUUGUGGGUGUUUCAGUGUUGGUGGUCACUGCAUCGGUGUAUUGCAUUUUUAACUUGGACCACGGUAUCUUGCUGUAUAGGAUUCAUAUAUUAAAUAUUAUGUGGGGAGUGUUUGUUUUGGUUUUGCUUUUUUUUUUUUUUAAACAUAAUAGGAUUUCUGUUGCUAGGUUCAACAUCAGCUUCACUGUUUGUACAUUUUUAUGUAAAUAGUUGUCACAAAAGCGGAAGAAGAAUUAUUUAUUUCCAUCUCUGAAUUCCUUUUCAGUCACAUCCAGGAAAAAUGAUUCUCAGUUCCUAAGAACAUUUGUUUCCUUAUUUAAGAAGAUAUUUAUUAACAGUUGGCAAAAAUGCAUACACAUUUCUGGUUCUUUUCAUAGAGCAGUUGUCAGAAGCCUUUUGUACAAACUAGUAAAAUAAAUCAUUGCAAUUUUACAAAAGAUAUCCC